AGGUGGUCAGGUUGUCCCAGAGGGCAUAAAACUCACUUCCACAGGAAGUAUAUUCCUUGCUACGGGUGGGACUACUAGUUCUAGCAGUCAGAACUCCUCAUUGCAUAAGAGUCCUGUGGCAGCAGUGCUGGAGGGCAGUGGCAUGGAAACAGUGGAUGAGAACCUUACCGUUGGGGUUCCUACAGGCGCGUCGUUGGGUGCGAUAGGAGACGAAGUGACAAUUCACGCAGACGAUCCGAACUCUGUCUCACCAUACGCCAGCACCUCCCUCAUCGAACAACUCCGCCGUGGUUGUGGCAGUGGCGGUGGUGUUGGAACCUUUCCAGAGGUUAUUCCUCCACCGCCACACUACCCACCUCCGCCGGUGCCACCGGACUCACCUCCGCCCCCUCCACCACCGCCGGUCCAGCACUCAUACACUCCAUCAGAGUGCCACUAUGCUCAAAGUGACCUACAGAAGACCGAGGAUGCAAUGUUUGUUGGUGCUCCCUACAUGCCCACUGUGGGAACGGUAUAUUCACAAGAGCAGUACUGGCCCAGUGGUAUGCGCUACGUGCAGCAACCAGUUGUUACUAGCAGACCUAAUCAAACACUUCUGGAUGAAGCACUUCAACUCUAG